UCAUAUUUUUUUAUUUCAUACUUUUUUUUUAAACAAAUGUUUUUCAAACUAACAAACAUUUUUAAAACAAUUACCAAACCUUUGAAAUAUAAAUUUCUAAUUGGUGGUCAGCACAAUGGGACCGAAAAUAGCAAUUUGAAAUAUUAUAUCUUGAGCUAUUUAAGUGGGAUCUGUUUGGCGAUUGGUUUUUGGAAGGUGUUUAUCCAAACCUUGGGAUUCCCUAUUGACAUAACUUAUGGAUUAUUAUUAAUACUUGUCAUCAUUCUUGGUCUUGGAUUUGUGUUCACAACUGCCAUCAAAUGUAUUUCAAUCCUGACAUGUGUUGGAUUGCUAGGUAAAAGUGGGAGAGGUUUCCUACGAGCUCUGUGCAUGACAUUGAUUAUAUCAGGGCCACUAUCAAAUAUGGCAUCAAAUGGGCAGGAAAUAGUUCGUGUAUUUGCCUGCACAACAAUUCUCAACUACAACCUCACAAAAACUCGUUUUGAUCUCAUGAGCAAGCCGUUCCAAAAUACGCUUGCAGCCAUGAAGGGUGAAAUUUCUGAUAUAGGAGGGAAUUUCGAAAACAUCAAACAAGUCUUACAGCCGAUUAAGGAUGAAAUUGAGGGCAACAUGGAAGAAAACCAUAAUUCAUCGGAAGUGCUGAAUAGCAUUGUGGAAAGAUUGGUUCGGGGAGAUAUUUUAUCCUCUUUAUCUUUUGCCAAUCCAACUAACACAACUGACAGAAUGGCCAAGGCCAAUAGAAUCAAAGAAAACUAUUCCAAGAAGAUGCAAUUACGAUGUAAAGAACAACUGGAAAAGGGUGAAAAUCGUUGCAAGGAUGCAUUUUCUAGUGCUCAUGAUAAAUGCAUGGACAAACUACCAUUUGUAAUUAAUACUCUCCUCUGUUGGCCACUCCGGAUUGAUUAUGUUUGCAAUAUGAAUCUUUUGGGCUACCAAGAAACUGGAGGAAUUUGUGAUCCUGGCAAUGUUAUAGAUGCAAAGCUUGGUGAAAAUAUGAUCGAUUUGAAAGAAACUGAAGAUGAUCUUUUUCAAAAUAUUACCAAUGUGGGGAUUUCAUAUGAAGUUGUCAAGAUUCAACAGCCUGCCCAACUAAGGGCAGCAAAAGAAACCGCAAAGGUUGUCAUGGAAGAAAUUACAGAAAAGAAGAAAACUUUUGACUAUAUUAUGUCGAUUAUGCAGAGAAUUCUUUCGUUUGUGUUUUUAAAAAUUAUUUAUGCUUCAAUAAUGUACCAUAGAAAUUAUUUGAAAACAAUUGAGUUCGAUAACACGUACAUAACGGCAUAUUUUAAGAAAAUUGAUCAACGUCGACGAGAACGGAAUCAACAUACGUUGUUGCCGUUAAAAAAAUUCCAAAAGAACUUUUUAAUUGACACUGAUAAACCUUGCACCCGAACAAAAGCUGAAUCAAGACUUAUAACAUUUUUCUUAAUUCAAUUUCUCCUCGAACUCUUUGUAUCGGGCUUCUUUUUGCUCCUAGAUCACAUGAUCGUUGUUCUGUUAAAUAUCAUUGCUGCUAAUUCGGAAAUUACAUAUUAUCAAGAAGGUGAACAUAAGAUUUCAUUUUACAUAAAUGGAACAGGUCUCAUGGCUCGGUUGAUGGAAACAACUUUAAAAAACUUCAAUAUGCAUGAAAAGGUGUCAUCUUUUCUAACCAAUAAAGCCUGUUUACCUAAGCCAUCAGAAUUAUCAAGGCGAUACUAUCUGAUGUUGAUUGGGUUAUACGUUGCAACUUUGCUGCUUAUUUACUUCAGUACUCUAGCAAUGCGGUCUAAAAUGUAUAUUUGUGGAUUUUUCUAUUAUAAACGAGAUAAACAAAGAACUUUACAUCUUUACAAUAAAAUGUUGAAAGACCGCAAGACUGUAUUCGAAACAAUGUACCGUAAAAUAAAGGAAGAUGUAGAAGCACAAAGGCUAAGGAUGAAUUUGAACAUUUUCUUGUGGCUCGUUCUGAAAUUCCCAAACUCAUUUGGGUGGCUUCGAUGUCUGAAUGUUGCCAGGAGAAAUUGUUUAAUUUGCGAAGAGAAGGAGCCUAAAAAUGUUGACGAUAACUUGUUAGGUCAGUUUAUAGAAUGUAAAACUUCAAAAUGUAACUUUAUUUAUUGUAAGGAAUGUUGGCUUGAUAUUGGAGAAAUAUGUGUUGCAUGUCAAAAUCCCGAAAACACGAUUUAGUGAUGUCAUUCGAAUGGUAGAUUGGAGUAGUGUUAAAAAUGCACUUUUAUAUUUAUUAUUAUUUUAUUUUAUUUUAUUUAUUAAAGUAUAUUUUUUUGCG